UUUAAAGUUGCUCAUUGAAUGUGAAAUGGGUCUCGUAUGUCAUACGUCAGUAUACUGUCACUUUGCACCACGUUUUCACGUCCUUUUUCACCGAACUACGAGUCGGCUGCUAAUUAGCCAUGCAGAUUUUCGUCAAAACAUUAACGGGUAAGACCAUCACCCUAGAGGUCGAGCCUUCGGAUACUAUCGAAAAUGUCAAAGCCAAGAUCCAAGACAAGGAGGGCAUUCCACCAGAUCAGCAACGUUUGAUCUUCGCUGGCAAGCAAUUGGAAGAUGGACGUACCUUGAGCGACUACAACAUCCAAAAGGAAUCUACCCUUCACUUGGUAUUGCGUCUCCGUGGUGGCGCCAAGAAACGCAAAAAGAAGAAUUACUCCACACCCAAGAAGAUCAAGCACAAGCGCAAGAAGGUCAAACUCGCUGUCUUGAAAUACUACAAGGUUGACGAGAAUGGUAAAAUCCACCGUCUCCGUCGUGAAUGCCCCGCUGAGAGCUGCGGAGCUGGUGUCUUCAUGGCUGCCCACGAAAACCGUCACUACUGUGGCAAAUGUCAUUUGACCUACGUAUUCUCUAAGCAAGAUGAGAAAUAAAUAAUUGAGCAUUCAUUACUUUGAAUAAAUGGAGUAAGAAUAAGAAAUUAUACACGGCUUGA